UGUCACACACGUUUAGCUUUGCCGCAGCAACGGAGGACAUAUGGGAAGACGAUGGACAUUAAAAGAUGGACAUUAAACCAACUGAGAAAACGUGUUUUCAUCUGCGCCGAAGCCCUGAGAGUGUUGGGGGAGGAGCAGCCGACGACGCAGACGAUGACAUCAUGGUGAUUAAAGAUGGAGGGGCUUUGACUCGCAGCAGCCCCGGGGUGGCAUCAUGGUUCUGGGACGAGCUGUCAACAUGAGUUUGAUGGACAUUUCCAAGAUCUUCUCCCUGCUGCAGCCCAAGGAGGACGAUGAGGACGCUGAGCAGUGUCAGGCCUUGAACGACGCCGUGAGCAGUGACAACGCGUCUCUGCUCUCUGAGCUUCUGUCUCAGGAGAGUCACAGGAGGUCUAUCAACGCUCGGAGCGGGUGGGGGGUCCCAGUAACCCCCUUGCGCCGUGCUGCCGCUCUGGGACACCUGAGGUGCUUGGAGUUGUUGUUGGAGCACGGAGCAGAGGUCGACAGCCUGGACGUGAAGGCCCAGACGCCUCUGUUCACAGCCGUGAGUGGGAAACAUCUGGACUGCGUGGUUGCCCUGCUGAAGGCCGGAGCCGAUCCCAACGGCAGCCAGCACAACAACUGCACCCCUCUGCUGACGGCGGCCCGCGAGGGCCACGUGGACUUGCUCCGACAGCUGUUGCGUUUCGGAGCCGAGGUGGACGCGAGGCCCAAGGUGCCCGAGUGGGCCUCCAACGCCACAGCGUGCAGAGGGCCCCUCUACAUCUCGGCCGCGUACGGACACCUGGACUGCUUCAAAGUGCUCCUUCUCCACGGGGCCAACCCCGACUACAACUGCACGGACGGGAAGGUGCUGGCCAGGAUUAAGCAGCCUAAGACGGUGCUGGAGGUGUGUCUGCGCUACGGCUGCGGGGUGGAGUACAUCCAGCUGCUCGUGGACUUCGGGGCGGACGUGUAUCUGCCCACACUGAUCAUUGACAAGACCACGAAGCAGAACGAAGCUCUGGUUCUGCUGCUCAAAGAGAGAGUUUUUCCCAAAACGCUGAUGUCGCAGACUCGGCUGGCAAUACGAAGGUACCUCCCCUUUGCCGAUAAAGAGCCGGCUAUCAACAAUUUGGACGUUCCUUUGAUCCUGAGGAAGUAUCUGAAGCACGAAUCCUCUGAACACAUAUGAUGCUCACCAUAUCAUCAGAACGUAUGGACAGUGACAGGUCGCGUUUCUGAGGGCUGCAUUGAUGAUUUCUACCAGAUCUCACCGUCAAGUACAAAAGGUCACUGCGUCUUCCCAAUGAGUGCUAUAGAUUCUUGCUUUUGUCAUUUAUAUAUAGAUUGAAAUGUGAACCUACAUAGAUCUACAAAGCUCACUGAAUUGUCUUGGUGAAACACAGAGAGAGGCCAAAGGGCUCCGUGGUGGAAGCGUGCCGCGUCCUCUCAGUGUAACGCCGCGGUCGACCACUAGAGACCACAGUAACUCUCUCCUGAUGCCCGAGUCCGAAUGUGGUAACGCCUCUUUGCGUUAACUCUAGUGCUGCUCUCCUCUCAGGUAACAUUACACAAUGGAAGAUUUAUACAUCCGGACACACACACACACACACACACACACACACACACACACACACACACACACACACACACACACACACACACAGGCCGUCUGCAUCACUCGGUACUUUUCUCAGAUCUUCCUUAAAAAAAAACAUGGUUUCUCAGCCGUGGACUUCAUAACAGGAAGCGAAGAUAAUUUGCCCAAAGUCUCAUUACUUAUUGAUAACAGCAUAGUUGUUUGCUACAAUUGUAUAAAUGUCUCUUUUUGUGCGAUGCGGAACCCCUCCUGAUACUGUUAUUGUCUAACGGCUGCGUGGCCUUGAAUCUUUUCUCUGUGACAGGAGUUAAUGCGUCAGCUGUUGGGAAUUGGGACCUGCAAACAGGAAAUAAUGCCCCCCAACAGGAAACCCAGCACAAUGCUCCCACUCACACAUCGACGCCUCGACACGCAGUUCUGUAGAGGUUUUAUUUUCAACAAAAGUACAGCUAUAUCAGAUAUGGAUUUAUUUUUACAGCGAAGUACAACAUAUUCCCAGUGCUUCUGAUUACAUCAAAACAUAGAAUGUACAUACAGUUGACAUCUCCACUCUCCCAUUCACAGUUUCUGGAUUGAAUAGGCAUUAUUUUUCAGGUUUUUCAUUUCUACAACAAAUAAUCAAACUCAAAGGCCAGCAAGAAAUAAAAAUGGCAUAUGCUUGCAUAUGGUGACAAAAGGAUAUGGAUACAGUGAGUAAAUCUUUUCUGUGUGAGGCUAAAAUCCAGACCUUAAACUAGAUGGUAAUAUACAAUGAAUAGAUUCCGAACGUGGAAUGUCAGUCUUCUUUUUACCUUGUUGUCAUUGGACACCCCGUCGCUCUAUGGCUGGUAGAAGACUCCGUUUGUACCCUGACUAUUCGGAAACGACACUGCAGAGAGUUCCUACUGGAGAUGUUGCGAUGCUAAACGCGAGUGGCUCACGCGCACUCUGGACUAAAAGGAAUUACAUAAAUCUGAGCAACGCCUGAUGCAUCCAAAUGACUGUCUGCUAAAUUGUCUGUCUCGGUUUUAUGACCGCAAAUGGAAGGGAAAAGAAAUCUUCCACACAGAAAGCUGUCCACUCAGUUCUCAGCACAAGGUCAGAAUGCUAAUUACAUAAUAAAAAUAAUGUAUACAUCCUUUUGAACAAUGUGGCCAAAAUGGUUCUAUUUAAUACGCUAUUCAAUAAAUACAAGUGAGGAAUUAAUUUGUAGUGUCAAGUCAUUUCACUUUAAAGAAUCAUUUCUUAAGUAGAAACAAGAGCAUGAUAUGAAUUGCAAUGAAGUACUGUGUGUGCGUGUGUGUGUGCGUGUGUGUGUAUGUGUGUGAAUGCGUCUUCAGGAUUAUGUUUUAUUUUUAGCUCAUCCCAAAAGGGUUUCGCAUUUAUUGAGCUCUUCUGCUUGACUACAAAUCUAUACACAAACGCCCAUGAUCAGUGCUAACUCCUAUUUGGUUCACUGUUGUCAUAGAAAAAUGAUACCCGUUUUUCCUCAGCGAUUUAAUGGAAUUCCAAAAAAAUAACCAGCAGUUUGGACCAUGACAGUGCAGAUUGGAGUCAAAGAAAAGAGUCGAUAAAGACUUCAGAAUAAGUUUACAGUUAAUAGUACCCAAUGUAUCUGGGCAAACAGAACAUUAGAGUCUUUAAUUUUGACUAUCAACAGUUGAGUCUUUGAGCACGAGGAAAGGUGUGUCCCCUCAACCUAAUAAAUAAAAACCCAAGCUACAACCUGUAGUGUCUCGUGAGCAGGAGACGGGUGGACUGAGAAGAGAACUCCCCUCAGUGAGAUGGCAUGGGUUUCACAAAUGAAUGGUUCCGCGUUGUGAGGAAACAAACAAACCA